AUGGUUGACCUCGCAGUCAGGCCAGCUUUACCCAUGGAGGGCGUUGAUGUGAUCCUGGGUAAUGAUUUAGCUGGGCAUCGAGUUUGGGCUUCAGGGUGUCUCGCAGAAUUUCCGGCUCAAGCAAAGGAACCAGAUGGCUGUGAGAAGAACUUCCCAGUGGCUACAGCGUGUGCGGUCACCAGGGUCAUGACGAAGUCUACGUCCUAUACCGUGACCAAAGGCCGUACAAGUCAUUACAAAGUUGACUUUUGUUUACCCGAGUCUCUUUCUAUCCCUCAGCAGGCAUUGAUACCUGGACAAAGAGCAGACGCAUCGUUGGAUGUGUCUUUGGAGUGCCCAUCUAAGGACCCUGUGAGCGGGGCUGGUCUGACAACGUCCUGUGAAGUACAGCAGUCAACUCCUCAUGGGGGGGAGGAUGACGCUAUAAGGCCAGAUGGGACUGGACUUUGUGAGUGGCCGGUCAGCGAGAUCGCCCUCAUGAAGCCAGCGAGCAGCGCACCUCUUCACAUCUUGGCCCGUGUGUGGGGGAAUCCACUCCGCGUAGUGUCUUUGCGCUCUGAGACGUGGAGACAGCGAGAGCUGGAGGAGCAUCCACAUUUGGCUCGGACGGUGAAUUUGACAGGGGGCAGUUGA